AUGGGGAACCUCCUCGACAGCGAGUGUAUAGACAAGACAGCCAUCUGCAGCUGUCUUCGCCCGGAGCAGCAAACAGAGGAGGGGGUCCUUGAAGUUCCUGCUGCUGCUGCUGCUGCUGGUGCUGCUGCUGCUGCUGCUGCACCGGACACGAACUACCAACGCGCAGCCGACGCAGCAAAAGCAGCAGCAAGGCCGCGCAGCAGCAGCAGCAGCAGCAACAGCAGCAGCAAAGGGGGAGCAGGAAAAGCAGCAGCUGGGGCUAGAGAGACCCCCAAGAAAGGGUCUCGCUCGAAAGAGCAGCACCUGCUUCUGCUGCUGCUGCCCCUGCUGCUGCUGCCCCUGCUGCUGCUGCUCCUGCUCCUGCUGCAGAUCGUGAUGCUGCUGCUGCUCCGGCCGAAGCUUCUAAGCCAGCAGCAGCAGCAGCAGCAGCGGCAGCAAAAGAGCGAGAGGCAGCAGCAGCAGAAGCGCCUUCCACUGCAUCUGCCAGGCCUCCAGCAUCGUCCGCUCCGGCAGCAGCAGCAACAGCAGCAGCAGCAGCAGCAGCAGACACAAACUCUUUCGGCUUCUUCUUUUGUCUCUUUGGUGGAGUCUGUAAAUGAGUUUGAGGCAGCAGCAGCAGCAGAAGCCUUCCAGCAGCUGCAGCAGCAGCAGCAGCAGCAGCAAGACCAACUCGCUGUUGACCUCCCUGACGCGAGAGCAGCACUGUUUGAGCUUUGCGAGACUACCCUUGGGGGCGGCUGGCUGGAAGCAGCAGCAACAGAAGUGCUGCUGGAUGCAAUCUGCAGCGCAGCAGAUUAUCAGCUGCUGCUGCAGGACUUCGUAGCUUUGCUGCAGUCACUUGCUGCUGCUGUGAGGGACCUUAACUUGCUCUACAGAUACAAGCAGCAGCAGCAGCAGCAGCAGACGGGGUAG